AUGGUGUUGAUCGAAAGCGAGAGCGACGAAGAAAUCACCGUAAAAGAAGAGCCAAUUCCAUCUUCGCAGCCCGAAACAACGGUAGCGACGGAGACGAAACUCGUCGGCGGAGAUGAUUCCGACGGGUUCGAAACUGCCAGCGAACGGGAAGUGAGCGAUAACGAAGCAGAGGAAAGUGAUGACGCGAAAGAGAGCCAUGAAUCGCAAAACUCGGAUAAGCAUGAGGAGAAGGAGGCCAUUACUACUACCGAUGAUGGAUCAAAACAGAAGGAGAAAGCUUUAGAAGAUGGAAACGAAGCAAAAAUGGAAGGAAAUAAACUUUUUGGAAACGGUCUCUACGAAGAAGCAUUGUCAAAAUACGAGCUUGCUUUACAGUUUGCUCAGGAAUUUCCAGAAUCUUUGGAUCUUCGAUCUAUCUGCCAUUCGAACAGAGCUAUAUGUUAUAUCAAACUGAGUAAACAUGCAGAAGCAAUCAAGGAAUGCACCAAAGCCAUAGAGCUGCAUCCGAGCUAUACUAAAGCUUUCGUUCGUCGUGCAGAAGCUAAUGAGAAGCUUGAACACUUCGAAGAAGCUCUCAAUGACUUGAAGAAGAUUUUAGAACUAGACCCUUCAAAUGAUCAGGCUAGAAAAGGGAUUCGACGUUUGGAACCAUUAGCGGCUGCAAAGCAAGAAAAGAUGAAAGAAGAAGCCAUAGCGAAGCUGAAGGAGAUGGGAAACUCGAUCUUGGGUAAAUUUGGGAUGAGUGUAGACAACUUCAAGGCUGUUAAAGAUCCCAACACUGGCUCUUACUCUUUCUCUUUCCAAAACUAG